AUGUCUCAAGAACAACCACCACCACAGGCUUCACCUUCGCCAAAUAAACCACGUCGACGUAGCUCAUUUGUUAAACAAUGGGAUAAAACAACCUCCGUAGUAAAUGUCAAACAAAAGUUUUAUACUGUAUCCACGGAUAAAUAUACUCCCUUGCAAAAAGCAACUUUUACAAAAUGGGUAAACAUUCAGUUACGAUCGAUUCCGCUUGAUGAAAACGCAAGUAAAAUUCCCGAUAUCACCGCGAUUGAUCAAGAUUUUCGUGACGGAAAACGCUUAAUACAAUUGUUGCAUGCACUUCAUCCUAAUGAUCAAGAGCUUCCGAAGCCAGAACGUGGUAAAACGCGUCAUCAUUAUGUCGCUAAUGUUAACAAAGUAUUAAAAUUCGUGGAAACGAAAUUGGAUGAUUCUGGGUUAGCUGCUUUAAAAGCAAUCGGUCCGGUAGAUAUCGUAGACGGUAAUGUUAAAUUGACUUUAGGAUUAUUGUGGCUAAUGAUCGCAAAGCAUCAACAAUUAUCUCAAAUAUUCGAAGUCGCGGAGGAAGGAAGAGUAGAGGAAGAAAUGUUUAGUGAAAAUGGGUCAAAUGAAUAUUUACUAAAUGAAAGUGAAAAUGCAUCGGAUUGGCCCGAGGGAAGUGUCAGUUCGCCAACUUUAGUAACUUCGCCUAUUUGGGAUAAAUUUUCGGAUCUUCAACUCUCUAGUCCAAAAUCCCCAUAUCUCACUCAGAAUGCUCUUUAUGAUCGUAUUGUCAUGUUUGAAAAUCAAGUUAUACAAAAUCAAGAGCAGCUACAGGAACAACAAGAACAAUUGCGAAAACAAGAAAUGAUAAGAAAACACAUGAAUGAUCAAGAAAUCCAAGAACAAUCAAAUAAUGAUGUGGUACAACUUAAAAGAGCAAAUGUUGGAUCCUUGCCGCCAUUAAAAAUUCCAGCUCAUGACACCCAACAAUCACCAACUUCAUUAUCUUCUCUUACUCUCGAAGAGCAUCAAGAUACAAAAGCUAUUGAAAAUUCAUCAAAUAUAUCCGAUGAAUCCAGUUCUCAUUCAUCAUCGAAAGAUUCGUCAUUAAUGGGAAUGACAUCAAUUAGUCCAAUAUCCUCAAAAGAAGUUUCGGAAUUAAUUGGGGAAUCAUCAACUACAAAAACUUCACGUGUAAAUAAACGAAUGUCUGCUCCUCUUGGAUCACUUCCAUCGCGCAAAAGUGAUCGCCCACAACUUUCGCGUUUUCAAACUUUACAUAAACGAUCGAAUUCUGCGCCUUCUACUUCUACUUCGUGGUUGAAAUUUUGGCUGAAUAUGCAGCUUGUUGCUUAUGGAUCUCAAUUACCAGCUACCGUCUAUCCAAUCGAAGAAUUUAGCAGUAUGAAUAAUGGACUACUAUUGGCUUCCCUUAUUCAUUUUCGUAAUAAAGAUUGGCUACCAGAAUAUUCUGAGGUAAUAAAAGAAGGUAGUUCGGAUGACGCUGAAGAUCUCAGGGAAAAAGCGAAAAUUCGAUUAACAAAAUGUUUUGCUAUUCUUGAAGAGAAAAUGAAUAUAGCAAUACCAAAAAUCUUGGUAGAACUAUUGAUUGCAAGCGAAAAUUUUGGUGAGGGAAAUGAGGAGGAAAUUAAUGCUGCGUGGAGUAUGUAUAUAUCAGAAAUAUUUCUAACAAUGACCGGUAAAAGAAAGUUCAACCCUGAAGAUCCACAAUUGUCGAACGUACAUGAAGCUAGCGAAUCUAUUUCAGAAGAACCAGCACAGAUAAUAAUCCCUGAUGAUAAAUCCUUGGAACAAAGCACUAGGGAAAUUGCCACUCAAACUUCUAUCAGAAUCCUCCCACCCAAAAGAAGACCAGUAAUACGAGAACCAUCGAUGGCUCCACAAACAUCAAUUGUCGCUGCAUUGUGGGAAUGGACUGUGAGUUGGAUGUUAAGCGAUAAUGAAAACAUCAAUAUCUACGAUGAUUACUACGAGAAUAAUGAGUACAAGAGUGAGCAUAGUCUCAAUAAUAGUCAUGAGAAAUCGAAUUUUAGCGGUACUAAUGACUCAUCAUCUACAAACACACAGACUACUAAAUAUAGUCGAAUGUCAAGUGAAGGACCAAGAUCCACGAACAAACGUGAACAACCCUCACUUUAUAUGUAUUGGUGCUGA